GUAAGUACCUUUCUAUACAAAUUCAGCACAUCACCAACCACAUUCUUCAAUGUAAAUGCUGCAUUAGGAUUUCCAGAUCUGAUUGCAUGUGAUCGAGUUACUGAGGAAUCAUAAUGUACUGACUCCUGAAUGGAUUUGAUAUCGGCUUGUCAUUCAACCUGAUAUUACCUCAGCAGUGAAAAUAGGGAGAGGCAAUCCAUAGCUUUCAUGCUUUGUUGUACUGUUCAAAUCUUUAUAUUCCUACACUUCCUUCAACAUUUAUCAAAAAGUACAGGGUUGAUAAUCAUCUAUUAUUUUAACAUUAAGUGCCAUAUAGUAGAUGCCUAGAAAGCAGAUAGAUUCAAAAGUAGAUAGAUUCAUUUCCUGAUUUGUUUAAAUGUGAACAAGAGCUGCUAUUGGAAUUAUAUUGUAUACUACAUGGAUCGUAACUUCAUUAAUACUGUAUGUAGCCUGGUUACAUCAAGGAUAAUAAGGGUGGUUAAAACAAAGGUAAAAGGUGACAAUCGAGAAUGCAAACCUGUUGAAGUAAACAAUUUAAAUGUGUCACCCUACACCACUGAUACCAAAUGCAUUUUCCCUGUAUUGGGGUGGAAGUGGGUUUGAGGUGUUCUAACUGAAAAGCCCCUCUUUUUCAGAGGCUGUCUCCCAGCCUAUGGUACACUCCACCUGUCUGUCCCAUGGGGAGGUGCUGCUGGUCUGCACAGUGGAUAAAGGAGAUAAUGUUUCAUUUAACUGGAGUUUAGAUGGAGUGCCGCUGAAUACCAGCCUUGCUUACUUUAGUGAUGAAGAAUAUGUUGUAAUAUUGAAGAAGCAUGUCUCUGGUAAUCUUGUCUGCAUUGCUACAAACCAAGUCAGCACAAACCAGAGUGACUCUGUGAUAUCAAACUGCUCAGAGCCUGUCUCUAAGCCUGUGGUACACUCCACAUGUCUGUCCCAUGGGGAGGUGCUGCUGGUCUGCACAGUGGAUAAAGGAGAUAAUGCUUCAUUUAACUGGAGUUUAGAUGGAGUGCCGCUGAAUACCAGCCUUGCUUAUUUCAGUGAUAAAGAACACAUUGUAAUAUUGAAGAAAAAUGUAACUGGAGAUCUUGUCUGCAUUGCUAAAAACCAAAUCAAUGAAGAGAAGAGUGAUUUUGUGAAGUCAAACUGCUCAGGGGAGGAUAAAGCGAUUCAAGUGAGAUUAGUUUAUGGUUUCCUUGCCUUUGUGAUCCUCACCAUCUUCCCUAUAACUCUUCACUGCAAUUCCUGGAAAUCAAAUAGUAAAGGAAAACAGAGGACUUACUUGGAGAUGAAAAUGAGAAAAAAGGAGAAUGAACGUUUCAUCGAGGAGCAAAUCUGAACACAUGCACGUUUUUCUCAUUCGGGACUGAGCUUACAAUUCAGGAAGAGAUGAGGUGUUUCUUGCUCACAUAAUACCAGUACAAUAGCUGUAUUCUUCUUUCAAAAUGAGCCUUUACCUUUGCAGUUGGUUUCUCUAAUAUAUAUAUACAUAUAUACUGUAUUUAAAAAAAAAAAAUUUAUCGACAACUAUAAAACUAUAACUCAGCAGACCAAACCAGGUAGCUGGUAGUAAUAACCGUUUACCUUCGUUCUUGCAACACAACACACUUUAAUACCUACAUAAAAUAAAACAAUACAAAUAAUGAUAAUAGAAAUAACAUACAAUAAUGAGCUGCAACUCACCCUGUAGGAAUUACAUUGCCUGUGUUAUGCAUUAUAAAUCAUGCAUGAGAAAUCAACCAAUCACCUUUAAGGAUUUUUCAACAUUCCUGAGGACAAUAUCAUUUUUGUAUUUUCUAGUAAGUUCAUAAGUUGGACAGCAAUCAAUUUAGAAUAUAUUACUGCUGAAAUCUUAAGAAAGCUAUUGUAAUUAUUGUAAAUAGUAUUGUAAGCUAUGAAUUUAAUCUAUAACCACUUCCACAUGUGAUCAGAGUGGUUAAGCUGAUUUUUCAAUAGCAUUGGCUUUUUAUAUUGAUGCUAUAAAUUGUUUAAGUAUUAUUGCAUUGUUUUCAGUGCAUGUGAGUUCAAUGUAAGUUAAACAUCUACUUAAUGUUUUAUAAAGUUUAUUUUGCUUUUUUACUGCCCAUUGUUAAUGAAUGUGUGAUUACUGUUGACUGCUGUAUCUCUGUAUUUCCCCUUACUGUAUUAUUGCAAAUAAUUAUACAUUUGUAUUGUUUGUGUACCACAAUUAAAAGAUGCCUUUGUAAUCUGUAA